AUGGCUACAAAAUUUCGUGGGGCCAACUGGUUACAAAAGAAUGAUUUUGCACCACAAAUUUUCUUAUUCAGAAACUUAGAAACUGGUCAAGUUUUAUAUUCACAAUUACCAGAAUUUAGUGACUAUCAAAUUAAAAAACAAUUUCAAAGACCAAAUUGGGAAAAUAGAAGACCUAAAACACGUCCAGAUAUUUGGAGAAUAAUGGCUGUUGCAAACUUCCCAACUUAUGAAAGUUCAAUUAAAGCAUUUGAAUCAUUAGUACAUUUAAGAACUUUAAGAGAUGUUGUUACAAAAGAUGUUGCAAUGAAAUAUAGACCAAAAAAUGAAGAUAAUCAUAUUUGGUAUAGUGGACAAUUUAGACCAGUUUAUACACAAGAAGCUGUUGCAGAUUUAAAUAAUGUUAUUCAACAUAUUGGAUCUAAAACCACAAUAUUUUGGGAAGAUGAAUGGAGAAAAGGUGAUUCAAGUCAUUGGAAACCAGAAUUAGUACAGCAUGAAACAAUGAAUAGAACAGGUACAAGAAUUCAAAGUGCAUUAUUAGAUGAAUUAAGAGUCAAAGGACGUGAAUUAUUCCAAAAGGCAAGUAGGGAAGAAAAUACUCGUAAACAAAAGAGAGAAGCUGAUAGAGCCAGAAAGGCUAGAAGAAAAGCUGCUGUACAAGCUGAACAAACUGAACAACCAACAGUGUAA